AUGGCUGCAGCGCGGCACGGGGGUUAUAGGAGCUUCGACGUGGCCAGGAGACAGGAGUUCGACCUGGAGCGUUCUAGGAGGAGCAAGGAGUACCGCCACUCGAGCCGCCACCGUGACUCGGAUCGCCACCGUGAUGGCAGCAGGGGCCGUGAAGUGCCCAACGGGUACAUCCGCCACCGCUCGCCGUAUGCGCCACUGAUGAGCCGACCUUCAAAAAGGAAGGACGAUAAGGAGCUUGACGAGGUCUCAAGCGACAGCGACUCGGAGUUUGGUGGGCGCCCACCAAUGCUGAGGGAGGAUGGGGGUCUUGGGGUCUGCAGGGAUGGAGGUGCGUUGCCAGCAAGCAAGAAGAGGAAGCACUCACCUGGAUUCCACGAUACGAGACCCCAUCGGACGCUGGCAGUCCUUCUUUCUGCUGCACCUCAAUACAAAGGAAAUGCCAAGUUUAAAGAUGGGCCUCUGUUGCAUGAGGAAGAAAAAGCCAUCAUGUAUGAAGAUAUUAGGAACAGAGGAGAUGAUCAUUGGGCUCCGUCAAGUGGUACUACACCACAAAUUCUGGAGGGUGAAACCACUGAGAACACUGAUGACAAGGAUGGAGACUAUGAGGCCAAUGAUGACAAGGAUGAAGACUAUGAAGAAUGUGAAGAGGUUUCCCCUACAACUGCUAAAGGAAAGCAUCAUGUUUCUGUUGGUCGAAAGGACAAGGGUAAAAAGCCCAGGUCAUUGGGAGGACAUUGGGUGCAAGAUCAAUUGAGCAAACUUGUGAUAGCAAGUGAGAAGAGCACAACAUCCGUUGAGUCUUUGGCAAGAAAGGAGGACAAUGGGUGCUCCAUUAGAGAUGUCAUGGCAUUGGUGAAGGAGUGUGGUACAGUUCCAGGAACAAAAGAACACUUCAUAGCAUCUCAAGUUUUUGUCAAGAGGGCAGAGAGGGAGAUGUUUAUGACUUUGGACACACCGGAAGAACGCUUCAACUGGCUUACAAUGAAACAUGAUUGGGUCACUAGGAUGAUUCACUAG